AUGGACCUUCUUGCUCUGCAUUCCGCUCUGGCGGGAUCUCUUAGCGCCAAUCAUGACGAACGACAAGCAGCAGAGAACGCUCUGAGAGGUCUGGACGCUGUGCCAGGAUAUCUGCCAUGCCUCCUCCAUAUCAUCAGCAGUCAAGAGGUUACUGUGCAAGUCAAGCAAGCCGGCAUGAUCUACUUCAAGAACCUUGUCCAGAAGCAUUGGGAACGGGAGUACUCGCCGGAGAACAAGAAGGAUGAAAUCGUCUUCAGCGAGGCUGACAAGCAGUCAGUGCGGAAUGGGCUGUUGGAGGCCCUUAUCGUUGCAAAUCAUCAGACGAGGCCGCAGAUCGUCGAGAGUCUAAGAAAGAUCGCAUUCGUUGCCGCAGCCGUGGACUUUCCUGUCCGAAUGCCAGAAUUCUUGGACGCCGUGGUAUCGGAGCUCGACAUUAACCUCCUCAACGCUCAGAGGGUCCUGGCUGCUCUGAUCGCGUGCCGUGCGCUGUGCAAGGUCUUCGAGUACCGACAGGCGGAGCGGAGGCUCCCGCUCAACGGCAUCAUCAGCGCAGCGUUCUCGCGCAUCGCGACAAUCCUCGAGCUCCUGCUCACCGCUAGCCCAGAGGACGAGCAGGCAGCCGAGGCCAUCAAGAUCGGCGUCAAGUGCUUCUGGUCGUGCGUCCACCAGUCCGUCCCCUUGCAGUUGCAGGAGCCGGAGGUCUUCAUGCGAUGGAUGUCCAUCAUGUACCGAGUGAUCGAACGCCCCGUCCCCGCGUCCCUCAGUUCGCAGGCGAACGAAGCUGUGCUUGCCAAGAAACCCUUCUGGGCUGCGAAGCGCUGGGCCUGUCAGAUCCUCCACAGGAUCUUCCACAAGUACGGGAACCCCAAGACAGCAGAGAAACAGUUCGGGCCCACCCGGCCGGGGGAAGUCACGAUCUCCCGCAUCUUCCAUGACGAGCUUGCCGUUCGCUUCAUGAACCUGAUCCUGCAGUUCCUGUCCGGCAAGGCCAGUAACGCCUUCCUGCCCGAGCGAGCGGUGGUGGAAUGCUUCAACUACCUCUCCACCGCCGUGUCCCUUGCCAUCGUCUGGCAGGAGCUGAAGCCGCACGUGGAGUUCCUGGUGACUCAGGUGAUCUUUCCCAUCCUCUGCUUCGACGAGACAGACGCGGAGCUGUGGAGCGACGACCCGUCGGAGUUCAUCCGCAAGUCCUACGACGUCAUGGAGGACUACACCUCCCAGCGCGUUGCCGCCUGCUCGCUCGCCAUCGAUCUGUGCAAAAAGCGCGCCAAGUCCUGCCUCGUGCCCAUCGUCAAGUUCUGCGAGAACCAGAUCAUUGAGUCGACCACCAUGUCACAGCGGCAUCCCGACAACCAGGAGCUGGCGGAGGCGUCGGCGAGCAAGAAGGACGGGGCUAUGUACCUCCUCGGAGCGAUCGCGAUGCAGAUUUCCGAGUCCGAGCAGCUGUACGAGUGCCAGGACGGGAUCGAGAACCUGAUCUCCAACUUCAUCGCCGUGGAGCUUGAGUCUCCUCGCGGGCACAUGCGAGGACGCGCUUGCUGGGCCCUGGGGCAUCUGGUGGACCUGAUGGACGUCAGCUCCGACCAGUUCACGGGGCUGGUUCACCGGGUAAUGAGGAUGUUCAGGGACGAGCACAUAGCCGUUCGCUUCCAGGCGGCGGUGGCGCUAAGGAUGCUGAUCUACGACCAGGACAACCGGACGGCAUACGCGUCUAUCAGGCAGGACGUCGGUUCCGUCCUGCCGCAGAUCAUGGAGGAGCUCUUCGUGUUGAUGGAUCAGAUCAGCAGCGAGGAGCUGGUGUCGACCCUCGACGUCCUGAUCGAGUGCUUCUCGAACCAGAUGCCUCCCUUUGCUCAGGGCCUCUGUAACCGGCUGGCCGAGACGUUCCUGCGCUUCGCCGACUUCGACGACGUUGAGAACGACUCGAGCCUCGCAGCUUCACAGAGCUGCUGCGCCAUCGCCACCCUCCUCGACUCCGUGAAAAACUGCCCGGAGGUCUUUCAGCAGCUCGAAGCGACGCUGAUUCCCUUCCUCCUCCGCGUUCUUUCCCCGGACGAGACUGGAGGGUAUCCCUACACGGAGUACAUCGAGGACUUCAUUGAGAUCGUCACAUACCUGACAACCUACACCCCGCACGCCUCCGACGGCCUCUGGUCCCUCCUCCCUCCCCUCGCUCAGGUCUACCUGGACUGGGCGGACGAGUACCUGUGCAACAUUAAUCUGCCGCUCGAGAACUACAUCUCGCGCUUCCCACAGGCAUUCAUGGCCGACGAGAAGCGGCCGGAGCUGAUCUUUCGCAUCCUCACCAAGGUCCUCGACUCGAGGAGCGCGAGCGACCAGGACGUGGUCGAGGCGAACAAGCUCGCGCACUGCCUCCUCCUCCAUGGCAUGUCCAGCGUCGACAAGUUCGUCCCGGGGAUCGUCUCUCUGGUCAUCCGGAGGAUGCAGCACUUCCCGCCGAAGAGGGACAUCGUGCGGUCAGAGCUGAUCAAGACUUCAGCCGCCUGCCUCUUCGUCAACCCUCGCAACUCCCUCAUGACUGUGCAAGCUCACAACGCCACCGCCCUUCUCUUCCAGGUCCUUGCGCUGGCUGUUUGUCCGUCGUCGGUUGAUGUGGCGUGUUCGUGCAGACCUGGUUCACUGCUCUCAUAG